CGCGAGCUGGUCGUGUCUGUCAUUGGUUGUGUCCCCGGUGCGGCUCAGCGCGCAACACCUGCAUACGCGCCCCGAGCCGAAGCGAGGCGGGGUGGCGCCGGCGGGAGAUGCUCGGACAAGAGGGAGUUUCGAAUUGCAUCAUCGUCAAUCGCAGCCGCCAACUUUCGAUCUGUUUCACCGCAACAGUGGAAACAAAAUGGCUGCUGGCACUCCAUCUCCCCGCCUUUGUCCACAUCCACACCCACACCCCGCCAGCUAGCAGCGUCCAAGGGUGUCUUGGUCCUGCUCUUCUCCGCCAUGCCUCACACCUCACGACCCCGCUCGCCCGUCGACACCGUCCAGCACGACUACGACGGCGGCGAGGCCCUUACGCGCCGCACGUCCGCCCUCGAAGAAGCUCCCAGCCUCGCGCCGCCCGCCGGCUUCCCUGGCAUCUCGGCCCCGCGCCGCCGCAGCAUCGCCUCGCACGCCAGCGACGACAUUCCGCUCGAGCAGCUCGCGUCGCUGACCCGCAGCGCCUCGGCCAUCAGCGGCCACCGCGAGGCCGUCAACAACGCCCACGAGCUGCACGACAACGUCCACGACCUGCCUGCCAUCCAGCGCCCUAGGCCCGCGAAGCCCGGAAAUUUCAACGCCAUCCGCGAGGUGCCGUCGGAGUUUACCACGCCCUUGUCCACACGGCCGCCCUCGCCGGUUGGGGGAGAUACUGCUGCCGGAGCCGGUGCGGAGGCGUCGUUGGAACGCGAGCAGGAGCAUGGCAUUGCGCAGCACUACCCGGACGUGGGCACGCUGAGGUCGUGGCGUGGGGCGCUCAUUCUCGUCGUCACCUGCGGCGCGCAGCUUAUGGACAACGUCUUCAUGACGGGCGUCAACAUUGCCCUGCCGGCGAUCCAGCGCGACCUCGACGUCGAGAGCAUUGAUCUGCAGUGGCUGCUGUCGGCCUACACGCUGACGUUCGGUGGGUUCUUGCUGCUGAGCGGCGUGCUGGCUGAUCGAUUUGGGAGGAAGCUUAUCUUCGCUGUGGGCAUGGGCAUGCUAAGCGUUUGGAGCUUAGCCAACGGCCUCGCCUCGAGCUUUAUACAGCUCACGAUCUUCCGCGCGAUCCAGGGUAUCGGGGCGGCCAUGACCAUCCCGUCGGCCGUGGGCAUCAUCAGCAACUACUUCAUCGCCAAGGAUCGUACACUCGCCCUGACCAUCUUCGGUGCCUCUGGGGCUGUCGGUUUCUGCUUGGGCCUGAUUUUCGGUGGCUUCCUUACCGCGUCGCUGGGCUGGCGCUAUAUUUUCUACAUUGCUGUCGCCAUCACGGCAAUUGUCGGCAUCAUUGGGUGGUUUGUGCUCCCGAAGGAUAGACUCGAGGGCAGCCACCGCCCGCAGCUCGACCUGUUGGGUGCUGGUCUCUCGACCACGGGCCUUAUUCUGCUGAGCUUUGUGCUCUCGAGCGGCGGUGUCUACGGCUGGGGCAAGGCGUUUAUUAUUGCGCUGCUCGUUAUCAGCGUCGCGCUGCUGGUCAGCUUCGCCUGGGUCGAGAGCAAGGUGUCGAAUCCCGUCAUGCCGCUCAGCCUCUGGAAGCUGCGCAACUUUCCUGCGUUGUGGAUUGGCGGCUUCGCAAUGUACGCUGCCUACCAAACGGUUGUCUACUACACGACGCUCGCGGCGCAGGACGUCAACCACCUCAGCGCGGGCCAAACGGCGCUGCGCUUCCUCCCCAUGGGGGCCACGGGCUUCACGACGGGCAUCAUCAUGGCGCACACGCUGGGGCGCGUCGACCUGCGCGCGCUGCACCUCAUCGGCAUGGGGCUGUGCACGAUUGCGCCGGUGCCGGCGGCGCUGAUGCGGUCGGGCAGCGACAUCAGCUUCUGGCCGCACGUGUUCCCGACGAGCGUGCUGGCCGUGGCGGGCACGACGGUGGCAUACAACACCAUCACGGUGUUCCUGCUCGAGUCGGUGCCGGUGAACGCGAAGAGCCUGUGCGGCGGCAUGGUCAACACGGCGUUUCAGAUCGGCAGCGGGGUUGGGCUGGCGCUGGCGAGCGCGGUGGUGCAGGCGGUCGAUGGCAAGGCUGGCCCGGCGAGGCAGUAUGGCACGGGGCUGUGGUGCUGCGUGGGGCUGGCGGGGGUGGGGCUGGUGUCGGGGCUUGGGGUGCGGAAGGUGAAGGGGUAGACAGUAGGUAUGUAGGUACCUAUGGUAUGUAGUUUCUCUCUGUCUUUUCUGUCGACAUGAAGAUGUGGACGCGACUCGCGUAGGAAUCGCGUAGGAAUC